CCCAGCUCAUGUCGUAAUACAGAGAUAAAUAACCCAGGCCGGGCCACUCCCUCUAGUAUCAAUCGAAGCUCAACCACCCAGCUAAUUAAUUAGUAUCUCUCACCUGAAGAGAAGAAAAAAAAAGAAGCAAAAAACCAUGCCCAACAUAACCCUCUACCGCAAAGAUGGCUCCUGCUCCCUGGCCCCGCACACCCUGAUACGCCACCUCUCUAUCCCCUUCACCGAGGUACGCAUGGCCGUCGACGCAGACGGACGCUACCAACCCGCCGACGGCAGCCUCACGAGCGCGCAAUACCGGCAAACCAUCCACCCGGCCGGCUACGUGCCGGCGCUAGUCAUCCACGACGCCUCCGUCACCAUCACGGAGCUGCCCGCCGUGCUAACCUACAUCGCAUCCCUAGCCCCCGAGCGCGACCUCCUGGGCGGCUCGGACGCCGUCCGCAGGGCCCAGGUCGCCGAGUGGCUCGCCUGGCUGUCGGGGACGGUGCACAGUCUCGGGUUCGCGGCCGUGUGGCGGCCGUACCGGUUCGCCGACGAGGGCGGCGCGCACGACGCCAUCCGCGCCAAGGGGAGGGCCGUGGUCGGGGGGUCGUUCGCGCGCAUCGAGGAGCGCCUGGGGGGUCGGGAGUGGGCGGUCGGGGAGGCGCCGACGGUUGUGGAUUUCAACCUGUAUGUGUUCCGGCGGUGGGGGGAGCAGGUGGGUGGGUUUGAGAUGGCGAGGCAGUUUCCGAGUUAUGAUGCGGUGAUGCGGAGGCUGGAGGGUUUGGAUGGGGUGAAGAAGGCGCUGGAGGCGGAGGGCUUGAAGCCUUUGUUUUCGUGAGGCCUUUCGGGGAUGUGACGCAUUACGUGUUGUUUUGGAGAUUUCUACGGAGAGUUCCAUCGCCAUACAGGUAGCCAGACUAGAAGCGUUUCCCCUUUUAUUCAAGUCGCAUCAUUUUCCUGCUCAGCUCAGGGGGCUAAGUUAUACAAAGAGAAUACUCGACCAACAGGAUCAUCUCUUGAGGCGAAAUGCAC